ACCAUGCGUUUUGGCGGGUCCGGUUAAACUGGAUGCGUUUUGACCGGAUGGCUUUGACCAUGUCACAUCUAUGCGUUUUUGUUCUUAAAAAUGUUCCCGCCGCUGCAUUCAAAGUUCCAAAUGUCACCGCUAGUCUUCAAAUUUGUAAUCAACAAUAUUUUGCUAUUGCAUCACAUUCAACGUCCCUACGCUCUUUGAUGAUUAAAAAAAUGAAUCGUAAAAAGAUUAAAGUUGUUGCUGUAGCUGAAGCAUUAGGCUUAUUAGAUCCACCGAAAGUACAAAGAAGGUAUUGGGUACACCCACUAAAUAUGGAUCGUGAGAAAAUUGGCCAGUUUAGGACAUUUUUUGAAAAUAUUAGACAAUAUCCUGACAAAUUCUUUGAGUAUUACCGUAUGUCUAUCUCCAGCUUUGAUGAAUUGCUAAAAACACUGCGGCCACAUAUAACAAAAAGUACAACAGAAUUUCGUAAUCCGAUAUCUGCUGAAGAACGUCUUACAAUUACUAUAAGGUAAGUUUUUUUUUUAUAAUACAUACCUAUAAGUUGAGUUUUUCAA